AUGCUGGUAUUGUUAAUUCUUGAUGAAGGUGAUGAUGUAACAGAGAAAUUGGCUGAAACUAUUAACACAAAUUUCACUGGAGUUAUAUUUUGUACAAGAGAAGCAGUGCGAUUGAUAAAACUCUCAGGAGAUUACGGAACGGUCAUAAACAUCAAUGACAUUUGUGGGCAUUACUUACCAAGUUUCGAAGAAGAAUCCUUGAAUGUUUAUGCAGCUACAAAAUUCGCUUUAACAGCACUUUCAGAAGUUCCAAGACAUUGA